UCACUAUAAGAAUGUAUCGAGUUUUAAUUGGUGUCAGAUUGUGAUUGAGUCCAGCAGAAGGCGCUAAAAGCACAGAUGCGCUCAUAGUUUCAGUUUGAAGGUGCAGCGCGUGAUGGUGAUGGGUGUGAGUGUGUGUGUGUGUGUGUGUUUGUGUGUGUGUGUGUGUGUGUGUGUGUGUGUGUGUGUGUGUGUGUGAGAGAGAGAGUGUGUGUGUGUGUGUGUGUGUGUACGUGCCAUUAAACGCGUCUCCUUUGCGUUAUAAGAGCGACACAGUCAGAAUGAUGCUGCAUCUACAGCGCAACUUCAGCAGUUUUUUAGGAAACAUUGUAGCAGCUGAAAGAUGCAUGGAGGAUUUCUACAAAUGCUCAAGAAGAGGAAGGAGUUGAUUCCUCUGAUUGGGUUUGUCGGAUGUGCUGCACUUGGAGCAGCAGCAGCCUCGAUUUACUUCUUACUGACCAAACCAGAUGUCAUUUUAAACAAGACCAGAAACCCAGAGCCAUGGGAGACAUUAGAUCCGUCAACACCACAGAAGCUCAUAACUAUUAACCAGCAGUGGAAACCAGUGGAGGAGCUGGAGCUGGUGAAGAAACUGACCAAAUGAUCUCCUCUGGCUCUCUCUUCUGAAUUUCCGUGUUAAUUAAUCGGGAUCUGAACUCUGUGUUUGCAUGCACUGGAUUGUACUUUAAACAUGCACUGUGCCUUUAAGAGUGAAAAUCACCUGUGAACUUAAAUAAAUGUAUGCUAUGGAUUAAAAAUGAAUCCGUCUUUCCUUUAUGAAGUCUUGUUGGAUACGUUCAUCUAAAGUGGUUUCAGAUUAGCCAUUAAUCUGAACA